AUGUCCCCCCCCGCCCAGCCGGGGGUGCCGGGCGGGCGCGGCUCUAAGGGGCCCCCGGCGCGGAAGCUCCUCUGCAUGUGCAGCCUCUCCCUGUGCCUCACCUACCUGUGCUACAGCCUGAUGGGGGGCACCGGCCCGGCCGCCCUGCGCUCCCCCGCCGCGCUCCCCGGCUCGGCGGCCCCCGGCGCCCCGCGCUCGCCCACCGCCUUCCCCGUCACGGCGGCCCCGCGCUCCUCCGCCAGCCCCCCGGGCAGCCCCGGCGCCCCGGCCCCCUCAGCCGCUCCGCCGCGGGCCUCCAACGGCAGCCGGGAAGGGGCGGCGGGCACCUGGCUGCGGACGCAGCUGGCCCCCGGGGAGGUGAUCACGGCGCAGAGCGGAGCCUUCGAGAGGGACCCGCAGGAGUCGAGCACCACGGACGAGGAGCUGAGCCGGGCCGGCAGCCCGGGCAGCCGCGGCGGCAGCAGCAGCACCACGCCGGACUACGGGGAGAAGCGGCUGCCGCAAGCCCUCAUCAUCGGGGUGAAGAAGGGGGGGACGCGGGCGCUGCUGGAGGCCAUCCGGGCGCACCCCGACGUGCGGGCCGUGGGCACCGAGCCCCACUUCUUCGACAGGAACUACGAGAAGGGGCUGGAGUGGUACAG